AUGUCUAACUGGGAUGAUGAGGACUAUGAAGUCCCUGUUUCCGCUGUGCAAGGAAAGUUCGACGAUGAAGAAGAAGAUGGAGUUUUAGACGACUGGGAGGCUGCUGGAGAAUCCGAAGAAGAAUCCACUCCUGCUGGACCUACUCGUGUCAGAGUUCCCAUGGCCCAAAGAGUUGCUGAAAGAGAAAAAAAGGAACAAGAAGCACGUGAAAAGGCAGCUCUUGCCAAGUCUGAAGAAGAUGCUGCUGCUAAAAAAGAAAGACUGCGAAAGGCUGAGGUCGAUAGUGAUCUUAACAACGCAGCUGCUCUCUUUGGUGCUGUCGACAUUCACCCCCGUGCUGCUGCCACUGCUAAUGCUAAUGCCGCUGCCGCUGCUAGUGCCGCAACCCCUGGUAAACUCUCUGAUUUAACGAUUUUCAAGCCUAAUACUAAGGCCGAGUUUGACGCUCUCCGCAAGACCCUGGUUCCUAUCUUGACCGAUUUGUCUGAGAAGUCAACUCUUCAAUUCGCCAACUUCAUCACCGACUUUGUCCGUGACGUUUGCAAGCCCUUGACUUCUGAUCAAGCUAGAAAGGUUACCAGUACAUUGAACGCUUUGACCAAUGACAAGCAACGUGAAGAGCGUGCUAGCAGAGGUAAGAAGAAGCCCAAGCCAAUUGCCAAGGACACUUCUCUUAAGAUCGAUGCCAAGAAGGAUACUACAAACUACGAUGAGUUUGAUGAUGAUGAUUUCAUGUAG